AUGAUCGGAAAAAACCGCAGUCAGAAGGUCUGGCCGCCAGCAAACAGAAAAAAAUUGGCGCAACUCUAGGCGUUCUCCGCCGCUGAGUCUGUCGCGCACGUGUGGAUUCCCCAGGCUGGUGAUAGACCGACUGAUAAGAAGAAGGCAAAGACGAACCGCUGGUAUUUGUGUUGGGAAGGUGCGUCGCGGCCGCGUCGCCUUCCUCUCCCAUUGAGCUCGUCGUUCGCGAACCAUUUCUCGCCGAUUCGCGCCUCGUCGUCAUCUGUCUUCGUCGCUUCUCCUUAUCAAGAAGUUGUCCAUUCUCGCUGA